AGUAAGUGUUCAAGCAACCUCCUUCGAAGAGAAUCAUGGCUUCAAAUGUGACAAGAAUGCUCCCUGUAGGCGCCAGUGAAAUCAGAUAUGUGCAGGUCGCUACAAAACACGACAAAACCAGCUACCGAUACACCGAAGAGCACUCGCGGAAUUCUGCUCCUCCUCUCAAAAUUGCCAAAUGGUGUGGUGUUGGGAGAAAUGGGCCUCAGCAAAACCCAGUUUGGAAGCGAAAAUUGAGAGGGACCUUCCGAGAAUGGUGGCAAGAAAUCAUUGCACUCCAUGUUUGUCUACUGGCCUUGUGUGCCAUCGUCCUAGUCCUAUACCCGAACCAGGACAAACCUCUCCCCAAAAUCCCGUUCAAAAUCUCAAUCAACACAUUGCUUUCAAUCCUCUCCAGUGUGAUAAAGGCAGCCAUAACCUUUGUCCUCGCUUCGGGUCUUGGACAGUCAAAAUGGUCGUGGCUAUCCUCGGACCAACCUCUCAUGCAUCUUGCGAAAUAUGACGCGGCCAGCCGCGGCGCCCUUGGUUCCCUCACAUUGCUCAAGACAACAAGUUUCCGACAUCUGUUGGCAUCUCUGGGUGCUGUUAUCAUGAUAUUGGUGCUAGCUGUGGAUCCUGUUACACAAGAUAUUAUUCACUUUGUCGACUGCAGUACGUCCGUCCAAGGGGCGGUUGCAACAAUACCUCGAACAAACUACUUCGACUGGGGUCCUCUUCAGACGCCUCUAAUCCCACUCUCAGACUCGGUACCUGUGGGCAUACAGUCCGCCAUUAAUAGUGGUUUCUUUGCUCCAGGCGUCGAGGUCGACUUUACUUGCUCGACAGGCAAUUGCAGUUUCCCCACCGAGUAUAGCACCCUUGGAUACUGCAGCAAAUGCCAGGAUAUAUCAGAUCAAAUCAAAGUGGUGGACGACAAUGCUCAUGGCUCAAUAUUGUCGUCCCUACCUUCGGGACUUACUGUGAACUUUACAAGUGGCGAUAACGUGACGCUAAGCAAAAUGUGGACCUUUGAAGACAGUUCAGGAUAUCAUAUCCAAACCUUAGUAGGGUCAUACCCUUUAGCCGGCUUGGAAUAUACUGGAGAUCCAUUGUCAUCUCCAGCAUGUCAAAAUGCAUCAGAAAAGGCUAAGGCAAGCUGUGGAGGGCGUUUGGCCGUCAGUUGCACAAUGUACCAAUGUGUACAGUCGUUCAAUGCAGUCAUAUCAGCGGGCAGACUUUCCGAGGUUCCUACAGAUGUCACUGGGCCUUCUCUGAACUGGACGCAAGACAGCUAUUUUGACACUUCCAGCAUUCUUGACACCAAAUGCCUCUCACAGAACGAGUCUCGUCAGCUCGCGGCCCUAGGCUAUCGGAUCGAUCCGGCGAGCCGUUGGCUUCCUUAUGACAUGACGUUCAAUCCAGAUAUGGACUACAUUCAGUACUCUACCUUUCCGGAGUCCUUGCUGGGCCACAACUGUCUCUAUAUUUUCACCUUGGGAUUUCCCACGGGUCUACAAAAAUACCUCUCCAAGUUCUUCUCCGGAACCUUGACUGGCGAACUGAACGGUGAUGGUAAUCUAGUGGGCUUUGACGGACCACAAGUUUUGCAAGCAGUGUACAACUUUGGUGAUAUGACUGUUGAUUCCGUGGAUUCUAUGUUCCAAAACGCCGCCAAGUCUUUGACUACGUACAUACGCCAGAAUGGGGCCUCGGCCAACAGUGCUCCCGUCACCGGGCAGGUUCUACACUAUGCCACCUGUUUGGGAGUGAAAUGGCCACUGCUUUCUUUUCCGGCAGCCCUCGUUGUUCUCACCCUCGCCUUCUUCAUCGCCGUGCUGGUAACCACAAAGGACUUUGACGUAUGGAAAUCGUCUCCCCUUGCGCUCAUCUUCCAUGGCCUCUAUGCUCCAAGCCCUGAGCUAAGAGACCAAGACGCCAGGGGAGGAGAUGUGCUAGCGACUGUGGGACAGAUGGAACAAGUUUCAAAGAGUUUAUCAGUCAAGCUCGAGCAAAACAGCAACGGUUUCGUACAGCUGGUGAAUACUAGGCGGAUUCCUUCCUCUGUCGAAAUGGUCCACCAGGACUGAGCUUCGUGCUUUUAUUGCAGAAACAUUCAAAUAUAUUUAAUUAUUUUUGUUUGUCA